ACAGGCGCCGUCUCUAAUCUACUAUGUCCCCGAUUUCAUCUCCAAGGAAGAGGAGGAGUAUUUGCUUCGACAGGAGGCCGGAAGAUGGUGUCAGAGUCCCUAAAACUGGAGUUACAGAUGGUUGUGAGCAGCUGUGUGGGUGCUAGGAAGUGAACCUGGGUCCUCUGCAAGAGGCUCUCAACUACUGGGCCGUGUCUCCAGCCCCGUGUUGUGAGCUCUUGUUUGAAACAGAACAAAACAAAGCAAAUAAACAAGACAGAGCUUCCCUUAGAGGCUUGUGAAAAACCAAAUGUGCGCGCAGGCGCGCGUGUGUGCGUUUGUCGGUUCCUGCUGGCGGAUAAGAUCUGGGGCUGUGCACGCCAGGCAGGUGCUCUACCACUGAGGCACACACCUCCACCCGCCCAAGGAUGCAGUUGUGAAGCUCACAUUCUCUACCCGGAGAUAGCCCGGUCUGACCUCUAAGGGUGCUACUGCGAUCACAUCCCUGACAGAAAUGACCCAGUACAACCCCAUAGCCUUGGGACCCGAGACAUGUCAGAGCUCAUUCUCCCUGUGUUGAGAUCCCCCAAGCUGGAUGCGGUUUUCAAUGCCCCAAAGCCAAAGUGGACCCAGCUGUCUGGGAGGAAGCUACAGAACUGGGGCGGGCUCCCCCACCCCCGGGGGAUGGUCCCCGAGCGACUGCCUCCAUGGCUUCAGCGCUACGUGGACAAAGUGUCUGACCUCAGCCUCUUUGGGGGUCUCCCAGCCAACCAUGUCCUUGUGAACCAGUAUCUGCCUGGGGAGGGCAUCAUGCCUCAUGAAGACGGACCGUUGUACUACCCGACGGUCAGCACCAUCAGCCUGGGCUCCCACACCGUCCUCGAUUUCUAUGAACCUCGGCAGCCGGAGGAUGACGUCCCUACAGAACAGCCCCGGCCGCCCCCACAGCCCAUCACCUCGCUGCUGGUGGAGCCGCGCAGCCUGCUGGUGCUCCGGGGCCCAGCGUACACACGCCUGCUGCACGGCAUCGCGCCCACCCGCGUGGAUGAGCUGGACGCCACCUCGCUGCCGCCCAACGCUGCCGCCUGCCCGUCUGCGCAGCCCGGAGCCCGGCUGGUGCGCGGCACCCGCGUCUCCCUGACGAUUCGCCGCGUGCCGCGAGUGCUGCGCGCCAGCCUCCUGCUGAGUAAAUGACCGCCAGGCUCCAAACUCUGUGACCUUGGAACCCUAGGGCAGAGGCGGCUGUGCAGGGUUAUUUAUUUAUUUAUUUUCCCGGUAACUGUGGAAACCAUAGAGAAGACGCCAUUCCAAAUAAACCGAAAAUACCUUUGCUUGU